AUGCGGUUUCAGAACGGAGGAACGUCCCAUCCCGACGGCCGCUCCGCACUCGGGACCUCCAGCACCGAAGGGGCCGUCAGCGCAGCCCCGCGGAGACCUGGCCACGGCCGGGGCUGGGAGCGGCCCGGCUCCUUCGCCCUCUUCCUGCUGCAGGAGGCUCGGGAGAGCAUCGAGGCGGCGCGGAGCUACCGGCGGGAGCUGCAGCAGCGGCUGCGGGGACUGCACCAGGCGCGGCAACAGAUCAGAGAAAGUGCAACAUUGACCAGAGAUGUACUUGAGCAACAUUUUAAUGAUUUAAAAGGGACCCUAAAGAAGCUGCUGGAUGAGCGACUGAUGUCACUGCUGCAGGAAGUGGAUGCUAUAGAACAAGAGAGCAUCAAACCGCUGGACGAAUGCCAGAAGCUAAUAGAGCACGGAGUCAGCACAGCUGAUGAUCUGCUCCAGGAAGGAGAGAGUGCAAUCUGUGGAGAUGUGGAACAACAUAAUGAAAAACUUUGCAGCUUUACCAAAAAAGCUUUGCAUAUUCAGCUAGAUAGCUUACCAGAAGUGCCCUCCUUGGUCGAUGUGCCUUGUUUAUCUGCCCAGUUGGAUGACUGUCUUCUUACCAUACUGAGAAAUCAAAUAUUCAGACAUGGGACCGUAGCCUCUCGCCCACCUGUACAAUUAGAGGAAUUUGUUGAGAAGCCCGGAGCUAUUUUAGUCCGAUGGUGUAAGGUGGAUGAUGACUUUGUACCGCAAGAUUACAGAUUGCAGUAUCGUAAGAGCACUGCCAGUCACUUUGAAGAUGUGUAUGUCGGCUCAGAGACAGAGUUCAUAGUGCUGCACAUUGAUCCUAACGUUGAUUACCAGUUCAGAGUCUGUGCCCGAGGAGACGGACGGCAGGAGUGGAGCCCAUGGAGCGUUCCUCAGAUCGGCCGCACCACGCUGGUUCCUCACGAAUGGACAGCUGGAUUGGAGGGGUACAGCUUGAGCAGCCGAAGAAACAUAGCACUUCGCAAUGAUUCUCAGUCGUGUGGUGUGCUCUACUCCAAAGCUCCUACUUAUUUCUGUGGGCAAACGUUAACGUUCAGAAUUGAAACUGUGGGACAGCCAGACAGACGGGACAGCCUGGGAGUGUGCGUGGAGCAGCAGAACGGCUACGACUCUCUGCAGCGAGAUAAAGCUGUGUGCAUUAGCACAAAUGGGGCAGUAUUUGUAAACGGAAAAGAGAUGACAAACCAACUGCCUGCCGUUACUUCGGGAUCGACUGUGACGUUUGACAUGGAAGUUGUGCAGUUAGGGCCUCCCAGCAGCGAGGGGGGGAGCUUCAAGCUGAGAGUGACCAUCAGCUCUAACAACAGGGAAGUGGUGUUCGACUGGGUGCUGGAUCAGUGCUGCGUCUCCCUGUAUUUUGGGUGUUCCUUUUCGUACCCAGGCUGGAAAGUGCUGGUGUUUUAACAGCUCAGCAGAGUGAAGAUUCUCGCUGUAAUGGGCGCUGUUACGACCUGGGCUUCCAGCUGUUUCAUAACAAUCUUUCUUCUACUUGAACUCCACUGUAUUGUACUUCUGCUGGAUUCAUUUCAAAAAAUAAUUGUGAAACAGUGGAUUUGUUACUCUGGAAAAGGUUGAAUAGGCAGUUACAUAGACAAUUUAAAGCAAGUCUGUAAGAUGUUUUUUUUUUUUUUUCUCCAGACUUGAUUUUUUUUAUCAGUAUUUCAUUGUACUCGAGGCUCAGGGUACGCCUGUUGUAUGAAAUUAACUUUGCUUAAUGCUGCUGUUCUGUGAAAUAAGCCUGUAAACUUUUAGGGAAUUGGAGGUAAUGGACCAAAGUUGUAUUUAUACCACUCAUGAAAAGAGCAAAGUACUUAGAGCAGCGAUGCCCUGCUAUGCUUCCUUGUAUGCAAUGCUGCCUUAGUAAGAAGAACAGGCAGUGGAUCCUGCGUGCCACAGCAGUUCCUUCUAUGCACGGUACUGUUCAUUCCUCCACAACAUUCAUCCAUUCCGGGUGUCUGAGCCGCAGUGUUUGUUCAGAUGUGGAGCUAGUCUGUUCAACGUCUCACUCACGUGCCUUAUUUCCAGGUAUUACUGAAUUGUCUUCUAUAUUGUUGCUUGGAAUAUAUUUUCUAGAGUUGUUCCACAGUGAUGCUUCCAUCCCCAGCUUAAUGCUGACCCUUGUCCUGACCUACCCCGAUACCUGCAGCAGGACAGUUACCUGAUCUGGUCUGAAUGUCUUUCCCAGUUAUACUUUGUAGCCUAAUCUGAGCAAAUCAUGGGGAUUCAGUGCUUAGGUAUGACACAUAGAUGGUGGGAAGCCAUGAUUCUUCACAGAGCCCUGCAGAGGGCAGAGGCACCUUCCUUUCUAUUGUCCCCUCAACAGAGACGGUGAGUGGCUGUUCCCCUCACGUGUGGGAUUCCUAGAAAUGCCCAGUGCUGACCUGCACCCGUGUGCUCCGCUGCAGCAGCGCAGGCCUCGCUGCAGGGCAGGCAGCCCCACAGGGCAGCGUGCGGCCCAGGCUGAGGGGACGGGGCUGAGCUGUGGGUGCGGGCUGCGGGCAGAGCCCCCGGCACAGACUGAACCUGGGGCGGGCAGAGUGGAGCAGAUGGUGCCAAUUCAGCUCUUUCCCCCUGACGGAGAUAAGGGAUUAAUUUAAAAUUUACAUAAAGUUACCAGUAUUUCCCAUAAGUAUCAAGAUUUAUAAUGAUGAGCUUGUCAAACAGAGAUUAUUCUUUGGACAAAAGAUGGAAUUGUGAUACUACUGGAUUUAAGGAGUAUUUUCAAGUAUUGUUCAUUGAGGACCUUAAAACAGGCUUUCUUAGCUCAACCAUGUGAAAUUAGUAAUAUAUUUUUAAUAACACCUAGACAAUCAUUCUGCUCUUCAGUUUUAACAUGCUACAUUAUCCCUUUAUGCUAGCAUAAACAAGUUGGAUUGGUGUCCCCCGUAUUUACACCGUCAGUACAAAAGCAUCAGUCGUCAUUCAUUUUUCUGCAGACAUCUGUCAUGGGGAACUGCAGAAAAGGAAAAUGGAGCUGGUAGCUUGAUUUAGAAGAAAAAAAUGUGAGUAGAUUCAGACAGAUUGAAAGAACUUUUAUGUAUAUAUAUAUAUAUCAGGAUUGGCUUUUACUAUUAAACAUGGAAUAGUGGACACUUGCAGGUAAGACUAAUCAGUGCAAGCAAGGAAAAGCCUGUGGUAUUCUCAAUUUCUUAAGCAAAACUAUCUCAGUGUUAGGGAGUAGAAAGAUGCUUGCAUCUGCUGUACGUGCAGUAUUCCUUUUAGCUGUUAUGUGAAGAGUAUCACCAGCAGCGUGCUGCAUCCCGUCUGCCAUCUUCAAUACUGUUCUGCUGCUGUAGCCACAAAAGUUGAGAUGUUGCAGCUGACUCAGCACUGCUCACAGAGCAGCCCUGCUGGCAGUCACCUUCAGUCUUGCUCCACUUGGAUGCGUUGGUAGUUUUACCCGUAAGACUUCAGGGGUCAGGUACUAGCUCUACGUCAGUACUUUCAGUGUUUGAAAACGCAAACAGCAAAUACCUACGCUUGUGAGGAACCAGCAGCUCAGGGACCUUCUCACCUGCUUCUGGAGGGUCUAGUCAGACUUGAUGCUGCAGGGUAUUCACCAGCAUUUUAGAACAUGAAGCUUGAGUUCAGGUACUUCCAGAGACAGUAAUGCUUUGUUCAUUUAGAAUAUAAUUAGCAAGCAGCUUAAGAUAACUGUGAAGGGCUAUCCCAGGAUGGGCUAUGCCAGGACACCCCUGCUGCUCCCCUUGAGCUGAGGAUGGGAAGACUGAAUAUUUUUUCUGACCUCAGUUUUUAGCUCAUUUUGACCGGGGCAGCUUGUCAGCUGUGAAUUUGUAACUGAGAAUGACGAGCUGCCCAAAUGACGAUUAGGUACGGCUCAGCCACCUCCUGACAGCUGUACACUUACACCUGGGAGGGGAAGAAUCCCAGGACAAGGGAGCUGAGUAAUAAAAUAACAAGGUAUCCCAAGAACCAGAAGCGGUUUGGAUUAAACAGGCUGAAGUUCUGUUCUUCCACAGCAGAGUUGAGCUAGAUGGAAGACUUGGCCCUUCCUUUACAGCUUUUCCACCUCUAGCUAUUGGAGCCUUGCAAGCAAGAGUGUUAACUGCUUGGGAAAUCCUGGAAGCGUUUUCUGAAGCUCGUAUGUUCACUUACCUCAACUAAGAUGUUUGUGUCAAGUGAAAUUUGAAUUUUUUUAAAUAAAGUUUUAUCCCACAA